GGCAAGGGCGACAGCACCGUGGACAGCGCCAACCCUCCUGCAUCCGGGCAGGGUGAGGCGGCAGCACCGCGGACAGCACCGCGCGAGGGGGCGCGCGCUGGGUGCCGCCCGGCGAGGGGGGCACAGGAGCGCAGCAGCAAAGCCGCGCGCUCCAAGCCAGGAGGAGGGGAGAGGAGGCCUUAUCAGCUGAUGGCUUACGUAGGGCUAGAUCUCAACUUGGAUAAGGCAGGUCUCGGUGGGUGCGACAGCAUUCGCUCUGCGGAGACGCAGCCUCAGACAGGGUGGCGGGGACAACCGGGACAGAAGGCAGGUUCCAGAAAGCAGGUCUCCCCCCAGAUUGGCUUCCCUAGCACGGAGUUAAAGCUGCAGCCUGCUGCCUAGAGAGAAGGGUGGGCAGGGAGGCAAAGCGGCGAGAGCGACUGCUCUGACGCACCAGCCCCUCUCCCGCACCCACACGCUGCGGGCCGCCCUGCUUCUCCCCCAUCGGGGAGAUACUCGUUUCUGGGCAGCCAGACAGCCUUUUCCACCAAGGCAAGGAGCCCGGGGCUCCUGACAGCUUAGGCGGGCCCUGGCUGGAGACGCAGCCCCUCGCCUCUGCUUCCUUAGCCUCUCAGGGAUUCAGACCUGCCGCACUUGCAGCCACGCCGUCUCCCACGGAUGCUCACUAGCAGGAGAUUGGGGCCAAAUUCACAGGCACUUUCCAGAAAUCCCACCACUGCCCAGAGGUUGCAAACAUCCAGGUUGGCUCUGGGCGCAGUGGGCACCUUAAGUCUCCUGAAUACCCUUCCUGCAAGCGCCCCAGGCCGGUCUCCUGACCCAGAGAUGGAUUUACCUGUGAACCUAACCUCCUUUUCCCUCUCCACCCCUUUCCCUUUGGAGACCAACCGCAGCCUCGGCAAAGAUGAUCUGCGCCCCAGCCCGCCCCUGCGCUCAGUCUUCGGAGUGCUUAUUCUCACCUUGCUGGGCUUUCUGGUGGCAGCGACGUUCGCCUGGAACCUGCUGGUGCUGGCGACCAUCCUCCGUGUGCGCACCUUCCACCGCGUGCCCCACAACCUGGUGGCGUCCAUGGCCAUCUCGGACGUCCUGGUGGCCGCGCUGGUCAUGCCGCUGAGCCUGGUGCAUGAGCUGUCCGGGCGCCGCUGGCAGCUGGGCCGGCGGCUGUGCCAGCUGUGGAUCGCGUGUGACGUGCUCUGCUGCACGGCCAGCAUCUGGAACGUGACGGCCAUCGCGCUGGACCGCUACUGGUCCAUCACACGCCACUUGGAAUACACGCUCCGUACCCGCAAGUGCGUCUCCAACGUCAUGAUCGCGCUCACCUGGGCGCUGUCCGCUGUCAUCUCUCUGGCCCCGCUGCUUUUUGGCUGGGGAGAGACUUACUCUGAGGGCAGCGAGGAGUGUCAGGUCAGCCGUGAGCCUUCCUACGCCGUGUUCUCCACCGUGGGCGCCUUCUACCUGCCGCUCUGCGUGGUGCUCUUCGUGUACUGGAAGAUCUACAAGGCUACCAAGCUCCGCGUGGGCUCCAGGAAAACCAAUAGCGUCUCACCCGUAUCCGAAGCUGUGGAGGUGAAGGACCCCGCCAAACAGCCCCAGAUGGUGUUCACAGUCCGCCAUGCCACUGUCACCUUCCAGACAGAAGGGGACACAUGGCGUGAGCAGAAGGAGCAGCGGGCUGCCCUCAUGGUGGGCAUCCUCAUUGGUGUGUUCGCACUCUGCUGGAUCCCCUUCUUUCUCACGGAGCUCAUCAGUCCCCUCUGCUCCUGUGACAUCCCCGCCAUCUGGAAAAGCAUCUUCCUGUGGCUUGGCUACUCCAACUCCUUCUUUAACCCCCUGAUCUAUACGGCUUUCAACAAGAACUACAACAGCGCCUUCAAGAACUUCUUUUCUAGGCAACACUGAGGGAGAGGACUAGGAUCAAAGGGAGUUUCUUCCCAUAAUUCAGUGGAAUUCCCAGUUCAUCCAUUUCCCAUCCCCACCCAACAGCCACGUGGCGAGAUGAAUCCUCACCAUUCGCCAGGGUCAUCUUCAGAACUGCACUGGCCCUUUCCACCUCCUCAGUAGGAAUAUGAACCCUCACAGCAGUUUUGAUGACAUCAUGUAUCUAACUUGCCUACUAUCCCUUCCUCUGCGCUGACAGCCAUGGACUUUGCCCAUAAAGUGUCCUUUCCUCCCCUUAUUCACUUGGCAUGGUGAGCGACGUUGUCCUAAAGAAGUCAAACAAGGCAGAUAAGGAGGAGGAGGUAAAACAAUAUGGGCAGGUUGAGAAUGGAUAGAAAAGAAUGAACAAGUCAUGAUGUAGACAUCUGGGGUAGGAGACCAUGAUUCCAUGCUUUCUGGCACCGUCCCCAUUUCAAAUAUUCCCCUCUGUGGUCCUAGCACACAUACCCUAAUACCAAUGGGGUAUGCUCCAAGGGUUGACCACAAAACACUGUCUCCGAAUAUGUUAAAUUACAUAGUCCUAUCCAUGAGGGCAGAGAACAUUAGCUUUAAGGUUUUGUUUGUGGCAACUACACACACACACACACACACACACACACACACACACACAGAGAGAGAGAGAGAGAGAGAGAGAGAGAGAGAGAGAGAGAGAGAGAGAGAGAACUAAGAAAGAGGCAGGCAUUCUAGCUGGCUAGUUUACUCCAAAAUGCAAUCCCUUGACAUGAAACAGGCCCUGAGGGUCAACUCCUUCCUUCCAUUUUGAAGCAACAGUUUAUAACCAAUAGAAAAGUCUCCUGGUUUCACACAGUCUGUUAAACUUUCUUAUUUGCUACUGGUUUCAUGUGUGUGGAAUACAUUUAAGUGUUUCUAGGCAAAGACCUUUGUCCUCAGAUCAUGAGAUUAUAGCUCAGCUGCGAUAAGGCUGAGCGUUUCAUGAUCAGUGACUAUGAAGGCACAUUCACCACACACGGGCACUUUGGGGGCCUCUUUGACGAAUGUGCUAACUGCUAUUUUUUGUUGGCAUGUGAAUGCCUGCUAGGAGGCCAAGACGAGUAAAUAAUGAAAAAGAACAAUGCUAAGCUGCAGCCUCAGUCCUCUACAAAUGGGCAGCAUACUUGGUGAGGUGAGGAGUUAAGUGAUGAGGCAGCAUUCGUGUGAGCAUGUAAAGCCAGUGCCAUUACACAAAAAUUAAAAAAAAAUCCUAGGCAAUAAAACUGCCUGUGGUCUGCUAUGUCCCUGACUCUUUAAAUGCAUGAAUUAAAGAAUUAUACAUUAUAAUAAUCUCUGAAUUAUUGUAAUUCAUGCAAUAUAUUGCAUAUAAUAAAUAAUAUCAAUUGAGAGUUCAAACAGGAAAUUUGUGAUAAUUUAUAUGUGAUCUUGGCUUGAAGUUUAGUCUUGCCUUUAUUGCAAAUACUGGCUUUAUCAAAAGAAUGUGAGAAGAUACAUGUUAGAUACCUGUCAAGCCACAAUAUGCCAAAUGCAGAUCUUUAUGCAUUCAAGCAGAUUCAUUGAGACAUUUAGUGAUAGGAAUUGAAGAAUUUAUUUAGAAACAUCCUUAGACUUGUCUUCUGUAUAUAUCACUUGAAGUGCUAAGCCCACAAGUAUUUUAAAAUACAGGCUGCUCACUUAUUCAAGUUACCUUUCUCCGUUAUUACUUGAAGUCAGAGAGAACAACACAUGCUAUUGCCUUCUAGUGUUUUAAUAAGGGAAGGGUUUUUAAAACUUUAUUAAGUGCCCCAUGGCAGAGAAGAAAUAUUCCAACAGGAGGAGUCUGGAGAGGCGACACUAGAAUCGAGGGUAAAAGUUUAAGUCUAUUCUAUCUGAAAAUCCAUAUGAAAACUUUUACUCCAUAAAUCGCACGUGUCUUACUUACUGUUUAAAAGUUCAUACUCUUCAAUAAAGUGAAGUUUGAGGAAGAUGUGCUACAUUUUUCUGGUGGCUUCAAACACUCCCUGACGCUCCCAGGAUUCUUCAUACCCUAGUUGGAGAACGAUGCUAUUAUAAUAUUAAUUCAACCUCCAACUGAUGUUUUUACUCAUGUUUUCAUAAGAUGAGCAAGUCUCAUUGCUUUUAUCACUCAAUAUGUAUUUAAAACCUCCCAGGUGUCACUUAUACAUUAUAUACAAAACUCUACAUAUGCUAUCUAGGAAACAUGCCAUAUAUGAGAAGAAAGAAGUGGCAAUUAAUGAAUUAUUUUGCUUCGAUUUCAGUACCAAAAGUUGUUUAUACCCGGCUAAGAAAUACAGACAUUCAUUGACUUUGAGCCAAAGUCAAGUAUGCACAUCAAAUAUUUGUAAAACACUUUCGUUUAUGCUUGACUGCUAAUAUUUUAUCAGGUUAGAAGUUUAUAUGAAUCAUGAACAGAAGAAAUUGCUCAAAUCACUAUAAUCCCGUUCCCAUGCCAGAUUGCAACAAGCACCAUUGUUAGAUGGUGCACCUAGAGAAGGCUGCAGGGUUUCCUGCAAGGCCUCUCUGCAGGGUGACUGAAGUGAACCAGGCCAAAGCCCUCCUUUCAGAUUCUAUAGAAUAUGUUGAAUAAAAUGCAGAGCUCUGCUCUCCUGCCUAAAGACAAUGUACCAAGGAGAUAAUUCUCUCCUGAUGAGUGAUCUUAGCCCUCUCGAGGCCACGAUGAGUUUGAGAUUUUCAUUGUACGGUGGUGAAAGUCUAGUGGAAGAUGUUCCUGAGUCCGUAUUGACAUCAAACCAGGUUGUAGGGAUUAAUUCUUGAUAAAAGCCUGUUCUUUGUUUCUUCUUCCCAUGGGGAGCAUGUUUGCUUCUAUGCUGGCUGUUGGAUUCACAGUUCCUUGCUCAUAGCCAAAGAGGCUGUAGAGACAACACUCUGCCACAUUUCUGUUAAAGAGAAAGUAAGGACUGAGUCUACAGCUC